GCUACCGAGUGCUGGCUGCUGGGAUCUCCGUGCCGAGUAAACCGGCGCUAACCCUGAACUGGCUGCAGAUACACAUCGCGGGGGUGGGGGUGGGGGUGAAAGCUAAUUAACCAAAGGACAAUUAAGAACAAAGAAGGGCGGAUGUAGACGGAACACCGAGGAAGCACAGCCCGUGAGUGCAGUCAGCCAGGUCGGAGGGGGCAUCUCAGCUGAAGGAAUCGGGUUGGCCGGACUCUGGCGGAGAGGGACUCAGUUCACAGGCUCCCCCACCCAGGACCCAGCAGUGACAGCUGAGGCCAUGUGAGUUUGGUCCUGAAUGAGGCUUUAUCUCCGACUGUUCGUCCCAUCGUCCACUGUGGCACCAGCUCCCUCCAACAGUCUGUUCCAGGCGGCUGAGACAGCCAGAGCCAGAGAGGAGAGGGCAACCGUAGCCAGCAUUGAGAAGAGGACACCGGGCCUCCAGCUGCCAACCAGGUGAUGGGGACACAGGGCCACGAUGAACGCCCUCUGGGCCCUGACAUUGAUCUUCUCUCCUGACCCUGCCUGAGCCAAGCCAUGUCCCAACAAGCCUCAGUGGGCAGGGGGCUGCCCCCAGACGUGCUGGCAGAGCAGGUGGAGCUGUGGUGGUCCCAGCAGCCCCGGCGCUCCUUGCUCUGUUUCUCCGUGGCCGUGGGCCUUGUGGCUGGCUGUGGGGCGGGCGGCGUGGCCCUCCUGUCCUCCACUAGUAGCCGCUCCGGCGAAUGGCGACUAGCGGUGGGCACCGUGCUCUGCCUGCUGGCCCUGAUGGUUCUGGUGAAGCAGCUGAUGAGCUCUGCCGUGCAGGAUAUGAACUGUAUCCGCCAGGCCCAGCACGUAGCCUUGCUGCGCAGCGGCGGAGGGGCCGAUGCCGUUGUGGUACUGCUCAGUGGUUUCGUGCUGUUGGUCACUGGCCUGACCCUGGCUGGGCUGGCUGCUGCCCCAGCCCCAGCUCGGCCACUGGCUGCCAUGCUGUCUGUGGGCAUUACCCUGGCUUCCUUGGGCUCAGCCUUGCUGCUGGGUUUGCUACUGUAUCAGGUGGGUGUGAGUGGAUACUGCUCCCCAAUCUGUACAGAUGCAGCCGCCACCCAAAAUGACCACGGUGGUAACAGCAGCAUCUUUAGCAUCUCCGGACAGCUGUCCUCUGGCCAGCGUCAUGAAACCACCUCCAGCAUUGCCAGCCUCAUCUGACGGAGGUGGAGCCCUUCUUCCCAGGAACUGCCUCAGUGUCCCCAGAACUUGUCUCAGGACAUUUACAGGUGCAUGCAUGUAUGUGUGCCCCCUGCCAUGGCAUUGCAUCACAUGUGAUUAGGAGCUCAUGUGUACCCACGCAUCCACACCAUGAGAAGGUGAGUGAUGCUUCCUUGGGGCUGUUUGUGCCUUAUGGACUGUCGUGCUUGCUGCCCGGUUCUGGAGUCUCUAAGCAAAAUUCAUCUGGAAUCCCUGAAGACUUGACCCAUCUUUCUGAGACUCUACAGCUCCAGCCUCGCCCUAUGACAUCAUCAAGGGUCUCCAUGGAAGUGACUGUUGCCUCUCUGUAACUACACCAGUAAUUGCUCUUCAGGAAGAGUGACAUGGGAAAUGGCUUCCUGAUGAGAUGGACCUGGACAGGAAACACCUCUGACCUUGUAACCUAGCAGCUGGGGCCUGGGUGAGGUAACUCAGCCUCUUCUGCUUUAGUUUCUUAGAAUGGUGUUGCCAUUGAUUCUUAGGAUUAAAUGCCACCUGAGGGAGAUGACUGGGCUCCUGGCAAAUGUUGAAUGCAAAGGCAAUUAUUGUUGUUGUCCUCACCUGCCCUUCUCACCUCAGAGACCCUCAUCCCAGGCUAUGGUGCCAUAAUGGUGUCUUCAGUCAGACCUGGGGUUUCUCUUCUCAUGAGAGAAGGGGGAAGGGUCAAGAGGAUUACACAGGUUUCAGAGGACAGUGGGUUUCUGGCCCCAGUCAUUCAUGUUUGUUCAUUUACUAGCUCAAGGGGAGAUUUAACCUCAGGAACUGGUGAGUGUUUCUCUGGAAGUGUGCCCCCUGCUUUAUAUAUAGCCUGCCUUCUGUGGAGUCCCUGAGGGAAGCCUUGGGGGACGGUCUCCCUCCCCUACUAUGAAACAAAGCCAGCCUGUAAUCCCUGUGGGCUCUGCAUCUGGGUUCAAGCCCUUCUGAGGCAGUAAGUCUGCGUUGUGUUUCCAGGUGACAAAGAUUAUUGCAAGUUAUUGCUUUUGCCACUUCCUGCUCCACAAGGUGCAGAUUAUCUGUCUCCUGAAUGACACUGAUGCAGGAGAAACUUGAAGUAGUAAAAUUGGAGCUGUAAAGGAUUUACUAAUAAACUCACUUGGGAAAUA